GACAGAAAGCGGACUCGAGAAUUUAUAGAGUCAGAUUUUUCAGAAAGUAAGAGAAGCAAAAAAGGAGAUAAAAAUGGGAAGGGUCUCAGGCAUUUUUCAAUGAAAGUAUGUGAAAAAGUUCAACGUAAAGGAACAACUUCAUACAACGAAGUCGCUGAUGAGCUGGUAUCAGAAUUCACAAAUUCUAACAGCCACCUAGCCACAGAUUCGGCUUAUGAUCAGAAAAAUAUUAGACGGAGAGUUUACGAUGCCCUUAAUGUCCUGAUGGCAAUGAACAUAAUUUCCAAGGAGAAGAAGGAAAUCAGAUGGAUCGGACUUCCUACAAACUCUGCUCAGGAAUGUCAGAAUCUAGAGAUAGAAAAACAGAAGCGGAUUGAAAGGAUAAAACAGAAGCGAGCCCAACUACAAGAACUGCUGCUGCAGCAAAUAGCAUUCAAAAACUUGGUACAAAGAAAUCAGCAAAAUGAACAACAAAACCAAGGCCCUCCAGCACUGAAUUCAACGAUACAGCUGCCUUUCUUAAUUGUCAACACGAGCAAAAGAACAGUUAUAGACUGCAGCAUAUCAAGUGAUAAAUUUGAAUACCUCUUUAAUUUCGAUAACACUUUUGAGAUUCAUGAUGACAGUGAGGUGCUGAAAAGAAUGGGAAUGUCCUUUGGGCUUGAGGCAGGCAAAUGCUCAGCUGAGGACCUAAGAACUGCAAAGUCACUGGUGCCAAAAGCUUUAGAAGGCUACAUCACAGAUAUGUCUGCAGGGUUUUCAUGGAUAAACCAAGGGUUACUGUCAAGUUCAGCACAAGCAGUUUCACAUUUAGAGGUAGCAGGAGGCACUUCUGAUACUAAAUCAAGUGAGAAUCCAGGGCUGUGCUUGGAUGCUGAAGUGGCCUUAGCAACUGGGCAGUUUCUCGCCCCCAGCAGUCAACAGUCCAGCAGCGCAACAUCCCGCUACUCGGAAUCACGGGGAGAAACUCCAUGCUCAUUCAAUGAUGAAGAUGAAGAGGAUGAAGAUGAGGAUUCCUCUUCCCCAGAAUAAGGACAGUAGAAAACGGAAUAUACAAAAUGCUGCUCAUAAAUAUUCUUAAUGGGAGCACCUGUUUGGAUUUUACUUAAGUUUCUUGCCUUGGUUUGCACUGUGUUCAGUGAAGCAAAAUAGAAAGCUUCAAAACAAAUUCAUCCACAGCUGAAGUUGAAAACUUUUUGGCAUUGAGCACAGAGUGACAUGCAGACACAGAGGGAAGUGGUUUUUAUCAACUAUAACCAAGGAAAAGAAGAAAGUCCCUGGAGAUUUGGCAAAGUAAACAUCAAGUUCACAUUUUCCAUUUUGGGACGUUCUGUCUCAAGUCUCUGUCUUCCCCUUAUCUUUACCAGCUGG